AUGGCCGGGCUCCGGCCCCCUCCCGGCCGGCGCGGCACGGCGCGGCCUGGCUCCCGGCAGCCCCGCCCCUUCCGUCGACGUCACCGCCCCUCCCGGCAACCGCCCCGCCUGGCGGAAGUGCGCGCUGCGACUUCCUCCCGGGCCUGGUGCGGCACAAACCCUGUUCUUGGCCUAGCCCGCCGAAGGGCCAUAGACGUGAGCGCGCUGGCGCCGAGCGGAGAAGUGCGGGGCCGGCCGGGGGCUCCGGUGACCCGGCCCCUGCUGCCGCUGCUGCUGCUGCUGCUCCUGCUGCCGCUGCCCGCCGGGGCCUGGUACAAGCACGUGGCGAGUCCCCGCUAUCACACCGUGGGUCGCGCCUCGGGUCUGCUCAUGGGGCUGCGCCGCUCUCCCUACCUGUGGCGCCGUGCCCUAGGCGGGGUCGUUGGACCGCUCUCCCGGGACUCUCUGGUCCCGGGGCCGGUCGCCGGCAGCGCUCUCCUCCUGCUUUCUGCACCGGCGCAGGAGCUGUGGGAGGCGCGACGCAGGAGCUGGCGGGCUGGGCUCCCCGUCUAUGCUCCCCGGAGUCCGCGGGACCUGGAGCGAGCCCGCCAACCCGAGCAGUCGCUAAGCCCGCGUUCCUGGAUCCCAGCGGAGUCCGCUAGAGCCUUCGGAGAGACGCUUCGCGCCCAGCCAUGGUUCCUGCAGCACAUCCUCAUUGCGGACCCUGUCAGGCUCCAGGACCGUCCCAAGAACUUACGGCGGCCCCAUGCCUGACCUAGGCAGGAG